ACUAGAAUAACUGUUUAACUAAUAGGCACUGUUAGAAGCAACAUUAUCCAUUAUGCAGAAGCUGUUUUUCAUUCAUGCAACUUCCUGAAGCUCGUUGUGUUACAGUGAACCCACAGACUUCACAAAUGUCUUCCAUUGUCUGUACAAAAGACACAGGGGACCUUGUACUUGAUGGUCCACUUCCUCUCUCUGUUGCCCUUUGACAAUCAGAGAAACUUAACGCAACUACCAGUUCAUGGGUAAGUGUUCCACCCACCCAUGUCAGUCAAAUGGCACCACACAAACAAGGAGGGGGGUGGCAAUAAAAGAGCAGUGUCUCUGAUGGACUGAGCCUUUACAGCAAGAGGACGUGUGAAGCACAGCAACUCAAGGCGUUUCCCAUUCCACAUCAAAAACAGACUCUAAGGCUGAAACAAGAUCCAGGCUCCAAUAAAAUGGACUUCAUCCAAGCAUUUGAGAAGCUUCGGACAGCUGCAGCUAGGACGAGAAGUCUCAUAGUACAGGGUUAAACAAGAAAAUUUUGUCUGAAAAUCUAAGCCAGCUCUUACCUAGAACCAAGCUGAAUAAGCCUCAAGGACAUGAACAACAUUACCGAGAUCUCUCGAAAGACCUGCCCAGACAACUCAAUGCUGGAAGAAAAUUCAGUUUCACGACUUUGUAUCAGGCCUAACUGCAUAGAAGAAUUUGAAGAAACUAAGAAGGCUGCCUCAAAUAUUGUCGGGGUUCAUGUCAGCUUGGAACAAAGCCAGAUGAGCAACUGCAGUGAAGCUCCUUUCUCCAGCAAUGACACCUCAACAAGUCAAAGUUCCCUGCAAUGCCACUUUGUUAGUCUAAAGCAGCAGAUGGCCAGGCAGAAGGCAGAGUAUGAAGCUAAAAUUACAAGCCUGGAGCAGCGGAACAAAGAACUACAGUCAGAGAUUAAGGAUCUGCAUUCAAAACUGUGUCAGCAACGGAAGUGGUAUUGGUUGGUAGAAAUUAAAAUGCGCAAUGCAGAAAGGGCUAGGGAAGAUGCAGAGCGAAGAAACACAACUCUUCAGAGGGAAAUGGAACAGUUUUUUGAUACUUUUGGAGAAAUAACAAAUGAACUAAAGGCACCAGAGUGAAAUGCUCAGAGAAUUGUGAAACAAACUGAGCUCUAUUUCAACUGAGGAAA